AUGGCCGAUUUCCGUAAAAAGAAGCAAUUAUACGUUUUCAAUGUGUUCUUUGAUGUUAACAGAAGUGGAACUAUUGAUAGCAAGGAUUUUGAACUUGCCAUAGAGAAAAUAUGUACUCUAAGAGGAUGGUCCAGCGGUUCACCACAAUACCAAAAGACCCACACGAGUAUGAUGAAAAUUUGGGACGGACUAAGACAACGAGCUGAUGCAAAUAACGAUGAUCAAGUAAGUGUUGACGAAUGGUGUGCAAUGUGGGAUGAUUUUGCAAAAUCACCCGAUAACCCCCUCGAUUGGCAAGUUCAAUACAUGAAAUUCAUGUUUGAACUUGAAGACGCCAGCAAUGAUGGUUCAAUAGAUUCAAACGAGUUCACCAGCGUCUGUUCCUGUUACGGACUGGCACCGGCCGAAUGCAAAGAAGCUUUUACCAAAAUGUCAUCGAACGGCAAAGAGGUAAAUUUCGAUCAAUUUAAAACGCUUUGGAAGCAAUUUUUCGUCUCCGAAAACCCAAGCGAUCCAGGAAAUUUCAUUUUUGGAAAAACAUCGUUUUAAUAACACAAAUCUGCUCCAAACUAUAUCUUCUUAAACUAUAUUUCAAAGUAAAAACUAUAUAAAAACAACUCUGUAUACUUGAUGUUGCUGUACGAAUUUAUCGUUUUACUCUUAAAUUGUUCAACACAUCACAUUUCCAUUCUUAUGUAUGUAUGUUUAUGAAAUAACAUAGUAUGAAUAAAUAAAAGAUUUUAUUCAAACUAA